CAUUGUAUUCAUCACCCCCUUAAGCACCAAGAACCUCCUUAUCCACAGACAAAAAAGAGUGGUUGCUGCUGCUGCUUCAAGCUAACACAACUAAACAAAAGAAAUCAGCAAAUCACAAACUCAGACCAAAACAAGGAAAAAAAAAACUGCACCACAACCUGAGAAGAAUUAAACAAAAGAAAUCAGCAAAUCACAAACUCAGAUCAACUCAUAAACACAACCAUGGCCUCUGUAGCCUCCUUCCUCUCCCCCAACGGUUUCUCUAGCGUCAAAAGCUGGACGACAAGAAGCAUUAAAGGUGGAAACCGAAGGCCGCAGGAGCUAGAACAACAGCAACAAGUAGUGGUGGAAAAAGAAAGAGAAGAAAAUCAAGUGAACGUUAGUAAUCCACAACAACAGCAACAAGCGCCGCCACAACCGCAACCAAGAAGAACGCAGCAGCAGCCAACCCAACCGUUCGCGAAGAGCAAGAACAUGACGAGAGAGUACGGGUCCCAGUGGCUCAGCAGCGUCACUCGCCACGUCAGGAUCUACGCUGCCUACAUCGACCCGGUGACUCAUGCUUUUGAUCAGACUCAGACAGACAAGCUCACCCUCAUCCUUGACCCUUCCAACGAGUUCGUCUGGACCCCCGAGUCCUGCCAGAAGGUCUAUGCCUACUUUCAAGAGCUCGUCGAUCACUAUGAGGGGGCUCCGUUGUCGGAGUAUACACUCCGUCUGAUCGGUUCGGAUAUCGAGCAUUACAUCCGCAAACUGCUCUAUGAUGGAGAGAUCAACUACAACAUGAACGCUAGAAUGCUGAACUUUAGCAUGGGAAAGCCUCGUGUCAAAUUCAACAGCAACCAAAUCCCAAAUGUACAAUAGAAGUUUUGUUUUAAAGGUCCCUAGCUAGCUUCAUGUUGUGAAUAAGAUAUAUAUGAAGUGUAAUGUGCGGUAUAUAUAGUUUUUAGCUACAGGUGAACUGAGAAUGUCAUGAUGUUCUCCAUCAAGUAAUAUUAUUUUGCGACGUGAAUCUUGAA